CACCAACGAUUACAGUAAAUCGACCAAGCACCCUGACUCUUACCCAGGAUACCCCGGCUGCGUCAUGUCUCAAGGAUUUCCGGAAGAUCCCCGCAUGAUCAUAUGGUUCGACAUAGAUAAUACGCUGUACUCAGCAAGCACCAAGAUUUCACAAGCAAUGGGACAACGCAUUCACGCAUACUUCGUUUCUAUGGGACUUGACGAGGACGAGGCAUCGGACCUACACUUCAAGUACUACACACAGUAUGGACUUGCUCUGCGUGGUCUAACACGUCAUCACGACAUAGAUCCUCUUGACUUUGAUCGUAAAUGCGACGGCACUCUUCCCUUGGAAGAGCUCAUCCAACCUAACCCCAAGUUAAGAAUGCUCAUUGAGGAUUUGGACAGGACGAAAGUCCGGGUAUGGGCAUUGACGAAUGCCUACAAGAAUCAUGCCAAUAGAGUCCUCACCAUCCUCGGUGUACGCGACCAAAUCGAAGGCGUAGUGUUUUGCGAUUAUGAAAAUCCUAACUUUACCUGUAAACCAGAGCCAGAAUACUAUCAUAACGCCAUGAAACAGGCUGGUAUUUUCGACCCGUCCAAAUGUUUAUUUAUAGACGACAGCAAACAAAACGUUGUCGCGGCGAAAAAGUUGGGCUGGGGACGAUGCGCACAUUUUUACGAAGCCGGGCUUGAGGCAAUGGAGGGUGGAAAAUUGAAAACUUUGGGUCGGAACGGUGAUACCGCUGCAAGCGCGAACGGUGUUGUAGUCAUCACCGAUCUAGAAGAUCUUAGAAAGGUCUGGCCAGACAUAUUUUCGAAAUAAUUCGCCGUACCCUACGUAAAACUACACUAGGAAUAAAUGGAUAGCGGGAGCAAGGGGA